CACCUUUAUCCCCUCUGCUAAGAAAAGCAGUCUCAAAACAACAUCCACCAAUUUAAACGAGUUCAGUGUUCACUUUUGUUUCAUCGCUUAUUUUAGGUGACUGUGGAAAUAGUUUCUAACCUUUGUGAUCUGCUUUCUGAAACAGAAGAGAAAAAAUGCAAAAUAUCACAAAAUAAGGGCUUUAUGUGACCUGAGGGCCACAAGUAUUCAAAUCCUUCCCCUCUCAAAUUUAGCCACAGAAUGAAUAAGACUAAUAGCCUAUUUUAAUACUCCCUUUUACCAUAUCUUUGAGAUCAGUUCCUAUUAAUUUCCCCAGUUUGUAGAGUAAAAAGAAAAGGAAGCUGUAAAAUUAUUUCAGCAUGUCCCUUGCCAACGGAGGGUGGUUGAAUUAUUUUCUUCAAUUCCUACAUUUUUGCAGGCCAAAUGCCAAGAUUGUGGAGGCUACCUGUGGGAGAAAGGCACAUUGGCCUUCAAGUUUCAGGAUACCCACCCACAGACCUGAAUUGAGCAGGUCUCUCCAAGUUCUAAAAGCGGGUGAUAGAGAGGAGAAGUAGGACACGCACAUUAAUACAAGAUGAGGAUGUAGAGAAGAAAAGGGAGGUGCAAGCAUUUCUACAUUUCCUAAAGUAUUCAUUGCUUCACAAACCACCACAGAUCCUGACUGAAGACAGAUCUUCACUCUUCUCUCCCUCAGGAUUUCAGGCUGUAUCAAUGGAGUCUCUCUCAGUGUCAACCAACAGCUUCACUCUGGACCUUUACAAAAAGCUGAAUGAAACUUCCAAAUGCCAAAACAUCUUCUUUUCUCCUUGGAGUAUUGCAACUGCUCUUGCCAUGGUCUACCUGGGUGCAAGAGGUGACACUGCAACCCAGAUGGCUGAGGUUCUUCAUUUUAACCAGACUGCAGGAGAAGAAGGUUCAUCUGAGACAGAAAGGCCUUUGGGGAGACCGAAGAAAAGAAAGAUGGAUCCUGAGCACAAUCAAGCUGAAAACAUCCACUCUGCUUUCAAAGAGCUCCUGUCUGCCAUCAACAAACCCAGAAGCACCUACUUGUUGAAGAGUGCCAACCAAUUGUAUGAGGAAAAGACCUGCCCAUUACUACCUAGAUUCUUACAGCUCAUUACAAACUAUUACAAUGCAAAGCCACAAGCUGUAAACUUUAAGACAGCUGCAGAACAAGCCAGAGUGCUCAUCAAUUCAUGGGUUGAAAAUGAAACUGAGAGGAAAAUCCAGAAUCUGCUGCCUGCAGGAUCUCUCAAUUCUCGCACUGUACUGGUCUUAGUAAAUGCCAUUUACUUCAAAGGAAACUGGAAAAAGAAAUUUCUGGAGGAAAAUACUUCUGAGAUGCCCUUCAGAUUAAGCAAGACCAAGACUAAGCCAGUACAGAUGAUGUUUCUGAGAGAUACAUUUUUGAUACUCCAUGAAACAACCAUGAAAUUCAAAAUCAUUGAGCUGCCAUAUGUGGAAAAUGAACUCAGCAUGUUCGUCCUCCUACCAGAUGACAUCCAUGAUAACACUACUGGUCUGGAGCUGGUUGAAAGAGAGCUGACCUAUGAGAAACUGGCUGAAUGGACCAAAUCAGACAGCAUGAUGAAAGCUGAAGUGGAUCUGUACCUGCCCAAAUUGAAGCUGGAAGAGAAUUAUGACCUUAAAUCCACUUUGAGCAGCAUGGGGAUACGGAAGGCUUUUGACCCCACUCAAGCUGAUUUCACAGGCAUGUCAGCUAAGAAGGAUCUUUUUAUCUCAAAAGUUAUUCACAAAGCUUUUGUGGAGGUCAGUGAAGAAGGUACUGAGGCAGCAGCUGCCACAGGUGUCCUCAUGCUGAGAUCAAAAGCACCAAUAAUGACUUUUAAAGCUGAUCACCCUUUCCUCUUCUUCAUCAAACACAACAAGUCACAAACCAUCCUCUUCUUUGGCAGACUCUGCUCACCCUAGUCAGAGUUACUCCUUGCCCUGCAGACCAGGAGGUUAACUCGCUUGCCAGCUCAGAGGCAAAGUGCAAAACCUGAAAACUCCUGCUGCAACUGAGGGGGGUGGGACCUGAACCCUUUUUUUUCCCAUCUGAUCACACACUCCAGGGCCCCGGGGCACAGCUCCACCUGUGCUUCUCUCCUACCCCUAACCCCUAACCAUGGCAGUGGGGAGCAGACAAUCCCUUGCAUCUGUAGAGCAAACCUGGUCACCAUUCAGACCAGGCCCCCUAGUGUAGCUCUGCCCCUUAACCCCUACCAGCUAUGCCAUUUCUAACCCUUCCCCUCACAGUGAUGUGUAUGUAUGCUAACACAGGUCUUCUCCUCACCCUUUUGACUAGAGCCCUGUGUUCACAUGUGGUCUUAGCACUUAGUCCCACUCCGCAGCAGUUAGACCCUACUCCUCCUUAGCCCUUCUUUAGGUCCUUGCAAUACAAAACGUGGCAGACCUUCCCUACCCAAGGCCUGUGGCCCUCGCCUUCCUUCCACACCCCAUCUCUGAGUCUUCAUCAGCUCCCAAUUUCACCUUCAUUGGCAUCACUUUGCUGAUUCCUUAGAUGAAAACAAAACAGAAGAACCACAAACAAACAAAGAAACCCACACACACGAAACAAACAACAAAAAAUAAAUCAAACCAACCAAAUAACAACAAAAAACAAAAAUCAGCCAACAACAAUAUAAACACACACGGACCAGAAAAAAAAUAGACCUCUGUGAGGGCUAUUUACUGCACUCAGACAUGUGAGGAGGGGCCAAAGCCCGUAUGCUCUCCGGUUACAGCAACACCUCACUUUCGUUCAAACAAGCUCCGCUUCAAAAAUAAUUAAUAAAAAUAAUAAUAUUAAUAAUGACCCCUCAUGG